UAUAUUACAAUUAUUCCAAAAUGUUCUCUUUGCGAAUAAUCAUUUCAUACGUAGUUUUAGCGGUUUAAUUUAAUUGGUAAUAACUUACGCAUGCGUUUUUGCAAUUAUGACAUCUGCAUUUAGAAUUAUAUACAUCAAAAUGCGACUGUCACAAACUUCAUGUCAAGCAUGUGUAUAAAAUGUAAAUUUUAAGGAAGAAGUAAUUACCGAGUUAUAAAACAACAAUUGUGGAAAUGUACUCGACAAAAACACCUUCCUUAAGAAUUGAUGAAGCCGAUCUUAAAUGCAAAAAUGGUUGUGGAUUUUAUGGAAACGCCGAAUGGGAAGGUUAUUGCAGCAAAUGUCAUCGCGAAUAUUUACAAAAACAAAGAUCACAAAGAUGCUCUAAUGUUUAUGAAGAGGAACAUGAUGCCAAUACUUCUAACAAGAGUACAAUUAAUGCUCAGCAGAAAUAUGAAGAGAAAAAAGUACAACAGGAGAAGAAGUACAAGUUAUUAAAUAUAUCUUUUCGCAAGCCAGUUGUAAAGGCGCAAGGAUAUCAAGAGUUGCUUUAUGAACUAACAAAAAACAACUCUGAUCUGGAAAAAGUUAAAGCAGAGAAUCGUGAAGUAAUAGCUGCAAUCGCUAAGACACCAGUGGAAAGAGAUGUCAGAAAAUGUAUGCAUUCUUUUAUCAUCGAUAUACUCCAAAAUAAGGAUGUAAAAAGGAUAGAGGACCUUUCAGAAAUCACACAGACCUUUUAUCAAGUAUUUGCUAAGCGUCUAGAAAACAGUCCCAAAUAUGCAGAUAUAUCGUCAGAAAUUAAAGAAAAAUUAUUGGAUUAUGUAGAAAGAUAUGCAAUGACAUUACUUUACAGAAUUCUCUUUUGCCCUCCUUUUACAACUGAUGAGGAAAAAGAUUUGGCAAUACAGAAAAGAAUCCGGCAAUUGAGUUGGGUUAGUGGAAAAAAUUUGGAGUGUCGAAUUCAUGAAACUAGUUCUGAAGUUAGGGAACUUGUCUAUACUUCCAUAACAGAUUUACUGAACAUGGAUUCUGCAAAGGCUCCGCAAGAAAAGCUUUCUUGUGUUAUUUAUUGUUGUCGAAAUAUAUUUCUAAUGUUGCAACAAUCCGUUGGUGGACCUGCAUCAGCAGAUGAAUUUCUCCCUGCUUUAAUUUUCAUUGUCUUAAAAGCCAAUCCUGCUCGUCUUAAGAGCAACAUCAACUUUAUAACUAGAUUCUGUAAUGCAAGCAGAUUGAUGACUGGGGAAGGUGGAUAUUACUUCACAAAUUUGUGUUGUGCUGUAUCUUUCAUUGAAAAUUUAACAGCAGAAUCAUUGAAUAUGGAUGAAAAAGCUUUCAAUGCUUACAUGUCUGGAGAACAAGUACCAGCUAAUACUUGGGAAUCUGCUUUAAUGAUAUGUGAGAGUUUGCACUUAAUGUGUGAAGACAUAACGCUCCUUGAUGAAAUGAAAGCAAAAACUACAGAAAUAAUGGAUGAAACACUGAAUUUAAAAGAAAAAAUAUUACAAUUUCAAGAGGAAAUCGAGUCAGAAGUAAAUACAGUCUUGGAAAGAACUCCUUUGUUGAUUGCGCACAGUCAAAGAUUGCCUACUAAUUUGGACUGCGAAGAUAUUGAAAGUUAUCAGCUACCACCUCCAAUUAUUCCUCAAGUUUGUUCUACCACAAUUAUUAAUUCCACACAACAAAACGAUUUAAGAACAACUUCAAUAGAAGAUUGUGUUACGCCAUCUCCUACAUUUGAUUUUCCUUCUUUCUUGGGGGAUGACAGUUUUGAUGUAAGCAAAACAGAGGAUGAAACUAGUCUUAUAAGUUUGGAUACGCAAUGUGAUUUUGACAACCAGAAGGAAAAAUCUAAAAACGAAUUAUUGUCGUCUACUCAUUUGAAUUUAUCUUCUACUACGGAAUCAGAAAGGGAAAAUUAUCAUGGAUUUACUGUUCAGGGUUCAAGUAUACCGACAAUUCCAUGUAGUACUGGAGAUUUAUCUCUUAAUUCUACAGAAAUGGAUUGUGAAAAUUAUGCAAGUUAUUUUCACAAUGUAUAGAAAUAACUUAUUUAAAUCAAAUGUAAACUUUAAAAAAUGUUGUUUAAUCUUUAGAAAUAGGUCAUAUAGUAUCAUUAAAGAAAUAUUCAAUUCUAACAUAAAUAAUUUAAUUUAUAAAAAAUAUAUAAUUACAGCUAAAUUAAAAUAUGAAAUUCUAUUUAUCAAUCAGAUGUUAAAAUGAUACAUAUACAACUUAUUACACAGUAAUUACAAAUGUAAAUGUUUGAGUAAAGUUUAAUUUAAAAAUUU